CCUGUACGUUAUACGUUGGAAUAGGCCGGAACUAUCGAGGAGGAUGGCACCCCGAACGGGGGCCCUCGUGUUUCCCCACGUCGCGGCAGCCUGGCUCGUGACGCCACUCGAUCCGUUCGGCCUGGAUGUCUUUUUUCGUGGGUCCCGUUAGGAAGACUCAACAUUCGCUCGUGCGAUCUUUACUCAGUCACUUGACUCCGUCUCGAGUGUAUGGCCAGAGUUUCGGCUAUCGUUCCAUAUCAGAGUCCGACACGAUCGCGAUGAUCGUCGACGUUUGAAUCGUCGCGAUUUUUUUUAAACCGGUAGUGCUCAUACGACACCCGCACUUCCGAACUGACGUCGGUGUGCUGCGCGCGAGGUAUUCGAAAUCCGGAGGGAAGAAGCGAGGAGGAAAUUGACGUCGAUUUUUCGAUCGUUCCCCAAAAAACACGAUUCAUCGCGCCGACGAAAAUGAAGAUCAACUCGUCACUGAUCGUAUUUUUAGUUGUUCUAUUAAUGGUGGCUCUCGGCGAGGGAAAAACUAAGAAGAAAUCGAAGCAGCUCGCACUCCAGACGAGGGAAACGAACGUUGUAAAUUUCGUUCGCCUCGUCGUGAUGCGGUUGGUCUUCGGAGUAGCGUCAGCGAUGGGGUUGGGCGAAAAUCUCUCCGGUGUUUUGGGUGGUAUUUUCGUGCCACCCGGUGCUGAUUACUACGACGAUUACGGCGGUGACGACGACUACUCCGGAGGAUUGUUGUAAAGUUAAUAUUCACUCAUUCGCCAGAGAAACACCGAUAAUUUUACCCACGUUCAAACAUAAUUAGUAUAACGAAUUUUUCAAUCCCUGAUCUUUGGUCUUUCGAGAAUUGAAAUAUAGGCGAAUCUGCGUCGUAUAUAUGUAAAAUUUGGAAGACAAUUUUCCAACGUGUGGUAAAGUUUUUCCAAAUUUGCCUACGUUUCAUUAGAUUCACUCGAAGCAUCAGAUUUCGGGACGACCGGGCGGGGGGGGGGGGGGGGGGGGGUCUUAGUUAUUUAAUCACGUGCCAAAAAUAUUUUCCCUAAUCUUAUCAUGAAUAAUCGUCGAUUUUUGCAACGUUUUGGUAACCGAUACGAUCCAUGAAAAUACUGAAAACAUUCGUUGGUGUAAAUAUCGAAGAAAAAAAUAUGCAUUCAAGCAAUAAUCAAAACACUUAGCUGACCAAAGGAGUCGGUAGGAACAGAACGAAUCUGGUGGUCCGUCGCGUAUUUCGCGUGCAGACGAUCAGGAGGAGUGGAAAUUGACUCGGGAACUUCUUGACGUAUAUUUACGCGUAGCUUGCUCCGUAACGGAUUCGACUUACGUGUUAAUGACAAACGCACCUGAAAAAUGACUAAUGACGAGUAUAGUUAUAAUAUCUGUGUCAAAUACGUUCUGAGGCGUGUCAACUUUACUCUUUGAAUACUUAAAUACAUACGAGGCGUGUGGAUAUUAUACCCCAGACACGCCAUUUAGCUAUGCAAGUAACAUCCGUAUGUAGUCCAUAACAUUAAUCGAGUGCAACGCCAUUUGGACGGGGCGAUCCGAAUAUCAAAGACGAUUGCGCUGCAAGUAUAUAUAACGCGGAUUUGACGAUUUUCUGGUUUUUCCUCGGUUUGUUCGCGACUCUGAAAAUUUUACUGUUCAACUGCAACCACACCGCAAUCGGGCAUAUAUUUCAGGAGUCUUCCGUGUAAUAAGUUUUACCUCUUUUUUUUUUUUUUUU